AAACCAGUAAUGUCAACCAACCGACAAGAAGCGGAGAACGGGUUGCUAUUGUUUUCGCCUUGCCCUGAUAUUCCCAUGAAUGAGCUGCGAUUUGUGCGAGUCGAGGUCACGAAUACGACGUGAUUUUUUACCUGGCAUGAUGUAAUGCCUCUGUCUUUUGAUUCAAGUCGUUUGUUCAGUACAUUUUUGAGAUUUAACGGUCCUAAGUAAUAAAAUACGCGUUGAAUCAGUUGGACGUUCAUUAUGUCGAGUGUCAAAUGUUUGUAUACUUUAGUUUUUAGUGGAUAAAGUAGCGCAUGCGUAGAAUACUCUUAUCAACAUGUCGUGAACUGGAGAAACCGCGACUACGGCACACAAACGCAGUUUAUUUGCGUUCCAAAACAUUGAACAGUUCACUCAAAUCGUGACCGAGAUAGGAGUGAUGUGAAACUAUUUUUAAGCAGAUAACCUAACUUCCUUUACCAAAUUGAGUGAAUCAUAGACAGAAUAGUUUUAUUUUUAUGACUAUAUUUAUUUAUAUUCCUAAGAAAUAUGUGAUUGAUUAAAUAAAAAGUAUGUGACUCUUUAAAAUUAAUGUGAGACUAUAAGUGUCGUGUCAUAAUCGAUAAGAAACUGAAGAUGGAAACAUUAAAGGUGAACUACAAAUGAUAUUAACAUGGAUAAAUGUUUUGUCGUGUGCGGAUGUGACGAUCUUGAAGGUGUUACAAAAUCAGAUUUGGACCGGUUCACUGAUAAAAUAGAGAAUGUCCUCAACGACGAGAAAGGCAGGAGGCUUUUUAGAAACUACAUGUUUACCAGCAAAAUGAAAAACGGACGCAGGGCAUUGGAUUUAUAUGAAAACAUCGAGAGAUUACUGAAUUCCACAGAGGACGCCGAAAGUGCUUCUUUUCGUAAUUAUUUACGAGAUUACGACCGUUUGAUCGAUGCGGCGGAAAGAAUUGAAGAACUAGACUUCGCUACCAUGGAGCGUAUGGUGAUCGCGCGGGAUUCAGAAAAUAAAGAGGAAAUUGUAGAAGUAUUAAAAGUUUUAAAACUAGAAGUAACCAAAGCACUGAGAAGGGAAUACAGUGCGUUUAGACUAAGUUUUGUACCGUCCAAACACAACUAAUAAUUGUAGGUAAUUUUAUAGGUAACUAACCGUGCCUUGCUUUCAUAAUUCGCGCCAAGAUGAACGUAGACGUCUGACGUACUAACUUAAAACUUAAAGUACACUUGCAUGCACGUUUAAGGGGUACACGUUCCGUAGUAAAAUAAUUAAGGCGCGUAAAUGAUUGUCUGAACAGAAUAUCUGAAAUAUUAACUAUAUUACUAAAUUUAUUCUAAAUUACUUACCAGUACGAUUCGAAUAAGAUUUACUCGCUUACAAUUGGAACGUGACUUGAUUUUAGAGUCGAAAAUUCUGUAAUCCUCUUUUAAAUCUGUUAUAGUCUGACGUUACAAAAAUUUCGAUGGUCGAAACCGACCUUCGAUUAGGAGCGUACAAAUCAUAUACUAGGGGUACUGUUGUGUAAAGCCCGACUUUUUAAUUAUUUCUGUCAAUUUUAGGUGCUUUUAUACACAAUGCAAAGGUGUAGCUUAAAUAAUAAAUUCUUGAAGAUAACGAUGCAGUGUCUAGCUAAGAAAGUCGUACCUACCUACUCAAGUAGUAUGGUACGACUCACGUACGUACGUAUAUAUCAAGAUCGAUUCGUAGGUACAUAAGGAUAUAUACGGUUUGAGACGGCUAAGGUUUGACAUAUAGGCUGGCAGAAGGACAUAGGAGGCUUGGUAAUAUCCUAUUGGCAUCCUGGGCCUAAGGGAACGGAAUCCGAAAAACUACUUUUACAACCAACGGAGCUGAGGAAUUAGUCCAAAGCUCAUGAGACUUGUGACCUUGGAAAAUAAUCCCUACGAAAUUGUUCUAAAUAAGAAAAUAACUAUUACCUACGUACAUUUAAUAAUAACUAACAAUUAAUAUAGAAUAAAUUCGAGGACUUGGAACAACCUACCAAAGUCAAAAAUAUCUUUAUCCAAUUAGGCCUAUAGGUGGCACUUUUGAUGCGUAAAUUACAUGAGAAUUACACGGUAGUGAGAUGAUGGCGAUAACCAUAUUCGUAAACUAAAACUAAAGCUACGAGGGUUCCAAACGCGUCCUGGUCUAAGAAGAAGCAAACAACAAACUUAGCCGGGUAAACUAAGUUUACCGAAAAAAUAAUACAGCAAAAAAAAUGCUUUCGUUUUCCUAAUAAUCCUGUGAUUGGUAAGAAGCUUUUAGGAGUAUAAUGCUACGGAACCCCAUAAGCAGAUUCUGACGCACAUUCGAUCAAUUAUUUUAUUGUACCUGCACCAAAAGAACGAAGGUGAGAAAGAAGAAAGUCUGCUAAUUUCGUUUGCAAUAUGCAAAUCCGACUGAAAUAGUACUUACCCCAAACCUUUGUGUUACCCUAAAAGACGUUACCUGGAUAGACGCAGGCUUUACUUUGCGGAAAUCCAUAAUAUAUUAUGAAAAUUAAACUUAAUUUGCUAUAGUCCGC